AUGGAAAGCGGUACAAAGAUGAAGGUUGCUGUGACUUUCAAGGGAAGUAACUACCUAGUAUGGUCUAGGAUGGUGAAGACUGCUGUGGGAAGCAAGGGUUUAUGGAAGCAUAUCACAUCUGGUGAGGCUCCAAAGCUCAUUACCCAAGGAGGAGACAAGGAGAGUGUCUCGGAAGCUGAAGCUGAGAAGUGGCAACAAGAGGACUUGAUGGUGAUGUCUGUUCUUCAUGCCUCAUUGGAGCCGUCCAUUCUUGAUGCUUACAGCUAUUUGAAGAAGGCUCUAACUGGCAUAGUUCAAGAUGACACGGAGUUUACUAAGCAUUUGGGGAGGUUCCGGACUCUCUGGUCUGAGUUGGAGAUGCUGAGGCCAAGCACAACUGAUCCGGAGCUCCUAAACAAAAGGAGGGAGCAGGAUAAGGUCUUUGGGUUGUUGCUUACUCUGAAUCCGAGCUACAAUGGGUUGAUCAAGCAUAUGCUGAGGGCUGAGAGACUUCCUGACCUUGAGGAUGCGUGUGCUCAGAUACAAAAGGAGCAAGGCUCUAUUGGCUUGUUUGGUGGCAAAGGAGACUUGUCUCUUGCCAAUGCUGCGCAAACUUAUCAUGAAGAGAUCCCACAAGCCAAUAAGGCAGCACACGACAAGUAUGAAGAUAGGAAGUUCAAUGGGAACUGUGAUCAUUGCAAGAAUCAUGGACACAAGAAGAGCCAGUGUUGGAUACUACAUCCCCACUUGAAGCCGGCUAAGUUCAUGAAGGAAAGAGAGGCAAGAGCUCAUGCAUCUGAGGGAACAAGUGGAGCUGGGUCAUCUAACCAUGGAGCUAAGGGAGAGGGCCGUGAGAGUGAUGGCAAGGAAUUGGUGACAUAUUCAGGAGCUCCUAGCAUCUGUGGCAAUGAUCAUGACUUCAUCAGGAGAUCCGAGAUGGAUGCUCUCAUCAAAAUGCUCAAGGAUAAUGAUAACAUUCAUGGGUACUCUUUUGGUGCUUCUAUGGUUGCUAAAGCUAUAGAAAUGUCUUCUUGUGUUGCUGAUAUUGCUAGGAUUGAUCUAAAUAACAGUAAUGCUAGAACUGAGUACACCUUUGCUAGAAAUGCUAAGAUGAAUGAUAAGCUCAAUGCAUUUAGAUCAUCAUUAAACCAUUGUCAUAAUGCUAGCAACAUACCCAAGCCAUUGAUUGUUGAUUCUGAUAGGGUGAUAGAUGCAUUUAAGAACUUUCAAACUUAUGUGACUAACCAUUACAAUGCCAAGAUUAAAAUUUUGAGAUCAGAUAAUGGAGGAGAGUACACAAGCUAUGCGUUCAAGAGUCAUCUAAGUCACCAUGGAAUCUUGCAUCAAACAAGCUGCCCUUACACACCUCAACAGAAUGGUGUGGCUGAGAGGAAAAACAGGCACUUGAUGGAGGUUGCUAGAUCACUAAUGUUCCAAGCAAAUGUCCCAAAGAGAUUUUGGAGUGAUGCUGUGGCCACUGCUUGCUACUUGAUCAAUAGAAUUCCUACAAAGGUCUUAAAGGAUCAAGCACCAUUUGAAGUUCUAAACAAGCACAAGCCAUCAGUGGACUACUUGAGAGUUUUUGGAUGCUUAUGUUAUGUGUUGGUACCAGGAGAGUUGAGGAACAAGUUAGAAGCAAGAAGCACUAAGGCAAUGUUCAUUGGCUACUCAACAACACAAACGGGAUACAAGUGCUAUGAUCCUGAUACUAGAAGAGUUCUGAUCUCUAGAGAUGUGAAGUUCAUAGAAGCAAGAGGAUACUAUGAAGAAAAGAAUCAAGAGGAGCUAAAGGAUUUGACAUCAGAUAAGGCCGGAGCCUUAAGAUUGAUCUUGGAAGGUCUAGGUAUCAAAAUGAGCCAGGAUCCUGGUAGGAACAAACAAAAGAGUUCUCUGGCCCCUUUUGAAACUAAUCAAACACCUCACCUUGAUCAUGAGGGGGAAGUGAACCUGAAACUCAAGAAAAUGGCCAAAAAAUCUCAUACGACUUAUGAUGAGGAAGCUAUCCUACUUUCAAAUCAAGGUGAUCCCAGUUUUCUUGAUUGGGAAUAUGAGUACUUCUUUGCAGUGGAGCAUCCCUCUCAAGUUGUGUGCUCCUUUGCUCAAUACCCUGAAGCCCAUUGUGCCUUUAUGGUAAAUUUGGAUGAGAAUUAUGUUCCAAGAAGCUAUGAAGAGGCAAUAAGAGACAAGGAGUGGAAGGAAUCAGUUGGAGCUGAGGCAGGAGCUAUGAUAAAGAAUGAUACAUGGUAUGAGAGUGAGUUACGAAAAGGGAAGAAGGUUGUGUCUAGUAGAUGGAUCUUCACAAACAAGGACAAGGCUGAUUGA